AGCUAAAAUGCGGAAAUGAUAGAGCAAGGAGUAUAUCUUGCGAUGCGGUACAAGUAGAGUCAUAGUACAGGCAGAUUGAAUUAUUCCGCGACAGCUAGUGUAGUAGUAGUGUGUGUUUUGAGACAGCACAGGUUUGCGUGCAGGACAUCGUACCUGCUCGCUCAGGCGACGUCACACUGCUCUACCGGGAAUGACACCGAAAAAGUUAAAAGGGCGGCAUUGCUUCGAUGGAAUGACUGGCCUCCCACUCCUCAACAAGCUCAAGUAGCUCUUCUCCCCUUCAGAAGCGCCUUCGAAAAGAAAACCUCAUCACAAUGUGGACCUCACUUGCGUCAGCUUCCUUGGUCUUCUUGAUCCUCUAUGCAAUCGUCUUUGCUGUUCUCACAGCCCUCUACGCAACGGGGCGGAUCAAAGUCCGCUCCCGGUACUCGGUCCUUUACUUUCACGUCAUCAUCCGCCUUGCCUCACAGGGCUGCGGUGUGGCCUUUGGUAAUAUCGGCUACGACAAUGUCAAUCUCCUCGUCGCCUACUUUGUCCUAGGUGCCGAGGGCUACUUCACCCUGGUCCUCUGCACGGCUCGCUUCCUCGUCAGCUGGCACAAUCACCACUUUGGAGACUCGUGGCUCGAGGCCAGGGGCAGGUUUGACGGCAUGAACAUAGCCCAGCGAAUGGGCGCCAUCUUCUCGCUGACCAACACACGGAAGAAUCCGCUGGGGACAGUUCACUGGCUCCUCAUUGCAGCGAAUGCUCUCAUCAUCGCCGGAGGGAGCUCCACGUCGGCAGUCUACAGCCCCGACUCGGACCUGACCCCGUCGGAGAAGCAGUCUCGACUCACAACUGCAAAGGCCCUGCGAGCCACUGGUCAGGUCAUCUUCUUCAUCCUCAACGUCGUCCUCUUCCUCUGCAUCCUCUACACCAUCAAACAAGCCAGAGCCAAGGCAAGAACGGAGAACAAGCGGGUGCCGAUCUUCGCUCAUCCCACGCUGCUGCUUCUCUAUUGCACAUUCCCCUUCCUCUGCGCUCGAGGUAUCUUUGGCAUUUGCCAGGCUCUCAUCGCCGACCUGAACUACUUCAACACCAACGUGUACGACGCUAACGGUCUCAGCACACACUUUGUCAUCAUCGAAGCGAUCCUGGCUACCAUGGACGAAUGGGUCUCGUGUGCAAUCCUCCUUGCCACAUUCUAUACUAGCAGGAAUGACCCGCCAAAGCCAGAAAUCGGAAAGCAGGCAUUCUCGGCAAAGUCUUUGACCGACGAAGAGGCGACCGGUGUCAGCGAAAAGUAG